AAAAGUUCUAGCAAAUAAAUUAGUAAAAUCUUUUUUUAUGUUCGACAUCUCAACCACACCUCGUAGAAUUCUAGAAUGAAUUUAAAACAAAUUACAAACAAUGACUGAUUAAGUCAUAAUACGAUAGCUGACUGACGCUAACAUGACCAAAAUUUACUUGAUGUUUCUUAUAAUAUAAAUAUUUAGCAACUUUACAGUUUUGGCCACAAAACAAGAUGAAAUUAUUUGUUGCUAACAAAACAGAGAAACCAAGAUACUUAAUGAGAUUAUACUGAAAUUUAAAUCGACAUUAUGAGUGUAGAAGGCGACAGAACCAAAUGCAAACAGCGCUUCAAGGGAGUUGAAAACUUUCUGCGAAGAGUCGCUUUUAACUUAGGGAAUACGCCAUCACAAACAGAAGUAAAAAUCAUAUCAUGCAUACCGAUCGACGUAACUGACCUGCAACAGAAGAUCAUUCAACUAGAGAAACAAUUAGAAGAUGCAAAAACUGUAAAAGAAACCGCUAAAGAGAACGGUAAAGACGCGAGUAAAGACACUAGCAAAAAUACUUAUAAAGAAUCUGGUAAAAGUAAUUCUAAAGACACUGGCAAAGAUAUCGUGAAGGAGAGUGUCAACAUUGUUAAGGCUAAAGGAUCAGAAGUUUCAGAUAACACUAAUAAACGCGCGUCUGCUAUUCAUACUGCAUUAUACAGCUCCCACUUCCCACGAUUAACACGUGGAGCUGUAUCCAAGGGUGUGGAAUGCAGUCAGUCAAGCCAAGCCAUACAAUGCGACGACCUUUUAUCAAAGACUAAACGAAAAAAAUCCGCCGUUUCGUUUCUAUUGUCGACUGCAGCAUCGAACAAAGCAAUCAAUGGCGGUUUCUCAUCAGACAAAUCUAAUCUAACUAGUGAGGAGAGAUCUCAUACGGUACUGAACGAACUGCGGAAGAAAUUUCUCAAGAAGAAAAAGAAAGCUGCCAAUAAGCACAAAGUAGAGACGCAAUUGGUGUACUACGCGCGGACGGAUAAUGCUCGAUACAAUAGUAGAUCAACGACUAGAGAUUUUACCGCGACAGAGACCACAACACUUAAAAACCAUGAGAUGAUAAACCAAAAUUGCCUAUCAAAUGUGGCCCGGAAACAAUACAAAACCGGAAAAAUUAUAGAUCGCCUCUCUGAUAGUAGCCAGUUCUCAUCCCCCAUAUGCAGAGAUGUAGACGAAACUAUCAGAAAAUCACGAACUUACGAAUCAGACAUCUGUUCCUGUUGUCACGAAACAUUCCACAAUGUGGACAAUUACAUCACUAAUAGCCCAGUAAAUGAGUUCGCAAACUUAACAUAUUAUAAUCAUGUGAAUGUUAACAGAAAUGCAUACUACGACUCUAGUCUUUAUGAUUUGGUACCUGUAAAAGAGAAGCCUGUUCGAAUAGAGAUACCCAAAAGAAAGGAAAACAAAAUAGACAUGAAAUGUUGGCCAGAAAAUGUAAGAGCUAAAGCUCGAUGCCCAACAGUUGUUGUAAACUAUAACACUGUAACACCUACUAGGCCUGAUUACACGAAGAAGUUGUAUACAAAAGCGUUGAAAAAAAACUUUAUUGAGGAAACAAUGACAACACAAGACAAACGCGUUGCCAAAUUUGAUCAACACACAGCUAUGGAAUCCUCAAAAAGUUGCUGCGUGGAUCUUGGUGAACUUUAUCCCAAGCCCGUGCAAAAGGCUAAAACAGUAAUUAUGACUGAAGCAAUAAGCCCGCCGCACAGAAACGCGGAAUGUUUCACAGAUGUCGUCUCGGCAGUGGAUUGCCAAACAGUGACGCCGAAACUAGACGACAAAACAGAAAUUACCCUCAAUCAAAUAAAAAAUAUCUUGCAAUCCGUAUUGACGGAAGUGAAGACAAAUUCUCAGUUGAAGAACACCAAUAAAAACGCAAAAAAGGAUGCAAUUAUUCAAAAGGGAACUUCUCAAAGUAAUUUACUAGACGGUUCAAGUUUCCUAAACAGUUUCACGUAUAGCCCUUACAACAUAAACCCGUAUGGACCAUCGUGUUCUAAACAGAUGCCUUCAAACUACUUUUGCCACCCAGGCAUGCCGCAGUCCUUGCGAUGUAUGCAAAAUUAUCCCUUAUUCAUACAUACUCCUGGUCGACAAAUGUGCACAAGUUGUUAUAGAAGCUCUCAAUACAAGUCAUGUCCAAAAAAUACAACUGCAGCGACAAACACAGACGAACAAGACAAACGUGGUAAAGAAACUGAAAAAUUAAUAAAAGAAAUAUACAAGUCCGUAGCUCUUGGUGUCCCUGGGAAGGAUACUUCUAGCGAAUAUGAUGAUUUGAAAUCAGCGAGGACAGCGUCUAAUAGAUCUAAACAAAGUGAAGUUAAAGAUACGAAACACCUUAUUUCUGAAAUAUUUAAGAACACAGAUAUGCAAGUGAAUACUUCGGACACACAUAAUACGAACACAACUGUCUUCUACAGAAAUCAUAAAGACGUGAGCACUCGAUCACAUUCCGAAACUACUGAGCCUGGCGUUGAACGGCGUAAUAAAAAUAAAAAAGUAGAAGAUAAUACUCAGCCUUCCACGGAAACCGAACUAGAAGAAGAAAAGAGAAAAUAUCCUCGACGCGUGGUACAAGCCACUAAGAGAAUUGAAACCAUAUCGGAGAGUACUAAUAGUGAAUCUUCCAGCAGUGAAUCAGAGAGCGAUGUGACCGCAGUCUCCAUUAAAAAACCAGUCGAAAAGAAAAAAAGCGGCCUAUUUAGCAAAGUUUGCAACCUUUUCAAUAGAAACAAAAAGAAAAAGGAUACGAAAGCGGAAACGGAAGCGGAAUCGGAAUCAAGCGAUUCAGAUUACCAAACUGUAUACAGCCAGAAAAUUAAUAUGCCUAAACGCAAGGACCAUAGAACACAACGGAGUAGAGCCCAUUCUAAAUUGCACAGCAGGAGGUCACGCCAAGCACAGCGCAGUCCGGAGAGGCCAAAACGUACCCCUUACAUGGAGCAAGAGUACCGAAGGUUAUGGAACGAAAAGCUGAUGUUCCAAAACACAAGACCGCGAUAUUCUUCAGAGAAACCCGUCACCAGAGAAACUACUCCGAGAUCAAGACAACGGCCGGUGUACUACAGGAAUUAUGAAGCCAGGAGUGUGUUGGUAGACCCGAGGAGUUAUCAGCCUCGAUAUGACGUGAUCAAUAGAAAGCCUUGCCUCGCUGAGGUAAAUAACCAGAUUAAACCUCACAAUUAUCUAAAUCUAGGUAAUGUAGGAGAAGGAAGGAUCCCUUUACGACACUCCAUUAAUGGUACAAGGGGAAAUGCUGUUAUGAAAGACGCAAUGAUUGUUCAGAAAGCUAUUAAUACGAAGGCCAUGACCAAAGGCUUGACAUGGUUGAAGAAACAUAAGCCUGGUUGCGGCGAGCAGUGGAAGAAGUUCAUAAUUGAAGGUUAAUUGUGACGUCUUGUGGUUGCUGUGAUAUGUAAUAUUGAUGUGGUAAAAGUGUUUGUUUGUCAAAUUGAAAGUGAUAAAUAAAAUUACAGUGCUGUCGUCUA